AUGAGCAUGAAGAUGAAAAUGGAGGACCAACAAAAUCUAAACCUAAUUCCUCCAACAGCAACCCUAGAAAUCGACAAAGACCUCACUCUCCUACCACGCAUCAAACUGAACCUCACCGUACACCCUUCAUCACCAUCAUCCUCCAUAACAACCCAAAUCGACGAAUGGAAAACGAAACAAUCCCUACUCGAUUUCCUCCAAACCUCACACUCUCUCCCCUUCCCUCUCCCCGAAGAAGAUCUUCAAUUCAAACGCUUCACCAAAGAUCUCAAAAAGCGAAAGCGCGAAGACCCUGUCGUUCACGGCACACUUCACAUCUGGGACCUCUCGUUUUUGAGCGACAAAACUGAAAACGGCGUUGUGGAAUGGAGGAACCGUUUUGUUCAGAAAUUGAACGGUGUUGAGUUGAAUCUGCAAGGGGUUAGGUUUAGGCUUCAGGUUGAGGUUCCCGAGUGUGACGAUUUUGAUGGGAUCAAGAAGAAUUGGGAACACUUUUAUGCUUUUAAGAAUGUCAAUCGGAGUUUCAGAGGUGAACCGGAUACGCUUGUGAUUACUGGUGUUCCGUCUCGGUGGUUCGCGGAGACUAGGGUUUCUUCUAAGCCUUCUAUGCUUGUUACUCAUACCAUUUUUUCCAAGUUUGGGAAGAUAAGGAAUCUUAACGUUGCCGAGGAUGAUUCAGGUAAGGAUGCAAAUGAAGACAGUGGAGACCUAGUUUCAGGGCUUUACUGCAAGAUUGUGGUUCAGUUUGAAAAAUAUAGAGACUUCCAUGAUGCAUUGAGAGUUCUCAGUGGCCGCUCUAUGCAAAAGCAAGGAUCAAGAUUAAAGGCUGAUUAUGUGGUUACUUGGGAUAAAGAUGAAUUUUUCCGUAAUUCAAGGAAUCAAACUCGAGAGAAAAACAACGUGCUAUCCACAACAGCAUCAGAUCAUUAUAGAAGUGAAGCUCCCCGGCGCCAGGUCUACAACACUCACCACAGUCCAGAUAAAGUUCGCUCAAGGAGAUUCAGGGAAUAA